AACCUCAGUGUUCUCCAUAGAACCAGGCUGUACAGUGUGUCUGUAGAACCUCAGUGUUCUCCAUAGAACCAGGCUGUACAGUGUGUCUGCAUUGCGUCGCAGCUCGCCCCUCCCUCCCUCCGUUCUGAGUCUCUCCGGUUCUGCAGCUUCUCUCCUCUUCUUGUCAGCGGCUUGUUGUUUUUGCGCAGCGGCAGAAAGACGCACUCGGAGCGGCUCGGCGCUGCGGCUCCUUCAGCUGCGUCCUUCUUCGGCUCCACAAUGAUUUGGACAGAUCGUCGCUUCUCGCCGCCGCUCCGCUCCGUCUGCAGCCGCCUCCCGCGCCUCCUCCUCCCGCUGCGGGCUGCUGCGGUCCGCGCUGAAAGCCGAGAGGAUCCGGAUGUGGACCAAGACUACAUAGUCUAUUAAUAUUUCAGAGAUACUGUAAAGCGAUAUCAGCGUGAACAGGAGGCGGUGGGCGGCCGAAGGACGACGGAACGCGUUUCCAGCUCUGAACUCAGGUGAUGAAGAGCUGAAGGAGAUGAUAGUGAUGAUGAUGAAGGAGCAGGAGGCUCUACUCAGCUCUUAGGAGCUUCUGAUCUCCAGCUGAACCUCCACCCUCCACCAGCAGCAGGAUGACCGUGGUGUCCACAGAGAACAUGGACGAGACCUCCACCCUCCCGGGUCACCCUCAGGACCCGUAUCCGCCCGACGACGACCACGACGACCACGACUGCUGCGAGCGCGUCGUCAUCAACAUCUCGGGGCUUCGCUUCGAGACGCAGCUCAAGACGUUGGCUCAGUUUCCGGAGACGCUGCUCGGGAACCCCAAGAAGAGGAUGCGCUACUUCGACCCGCUACGGAACGAGUACUUCUUCGACCGGAACCGGCCCAGCUUCGACGCCAUCCUGUAUUAUUACCAGUCAGGGGGUCGGCUGAGGAGGCCGGUCAACGUUCCACUGGAUAUGUUCUCAGAGGAGAUUAAGUUCUACGAGCUCGGCGCCGAGGCCAUGGAGAAGUUCCGUGAGGAUGAGGGGUUCAUCCGGGAGGAGGAGCGACCACUUCCGGAGAAGGAGUUCCAGCGGCAGAUCUGGCUCCUGUUCGAGCAUCCAGAGAGUUCUGGUCCGGCCCGGGGGAUCGCCAUUGUGUCGGUGAUGGUUAUUCUUAUUUCUAUCGUCAUAUUUUGUUUGGAGACGUUGCCGGAGCUGAAGGAGGACCCCAGCUACCGGAUGCAGACGGUGGGAAACACCACCGUGCUUUACAAACCCAACGUCCUCACAGACCCUUUCUUCGUGGUAGAGACGCUCUGCAUCAUCUGGUUCUCCUUUGAGCUGAUAGUUCGGUUCUUUGCGUGUCCCAGUAAGGCGGCGUUCUUUAAGAACAUGAUGAACUCCAUCGACAUCGUGGCCAUCAUCCCGUACUUCAUCACUCUGGGCACCGAGCUGGCCGACGACCAGGAGAACCGAGAGGGGAAAGGCGGCGGCGAACAGGCCACGUCUCUGGCUAUUCUCAGGGUCAUCCGCCUGGUCCGGGUCUUCCGGAUCUUCAAGUUGUCCCGCCACUCCAAGGGGCUCCAGAUCCUGGGCCAGACUCUGAAGGCCAGCAUGAGGGAGCUGGGGCUGCUCAUCUUCUUCCUCUUCAUUGGAGUCAUCCUCUUCUCCAGCGCCGUCUACUUCGCCGAGGCCGAGGAGAAGGAGUCCUUCUUCACCAGCAUCCCGGACGCCUUCUGGUGGGCCGUGGUCUCCAUGACGACGGUCGGUUACGGGGACAUGUACCCCGUCACCAUCGGAGGGAAGAUCGUGGGUUCGCUGUGUGCCAUCGCCGGCGUGUUGACCAUCGCGCUGCCGGUUCCGGUCAUCGUGUCCAACUUCAACUACUUCUACCACCGGGAGACGGAGGGCGAGGAGCAGGCCCAGCUGCUCAACGUCAGCAACCAGAACCUGGCGUCCGACACCAACUCCAGCCGGCGCAGCUCGUCGGUCGUCAGCAAGUCGGAGUACAUGGAGAUCGACGAGGACAUGAACAACAGCAUCGACAACUUUAGGGAAGCCAACCUCAGAACUGCCAACUGCACAGCGCCGAGCCAGAACUGCGUGAACAAGACGAAGCUGCUCACCGACGUGUGAGGCGGCAGCAACGCUCCUGUAAAUAUGUAGAAAUACCCGGAUGCUUUACUCCUACUGGUGCAUUCGACUCUCUCUGCAUCCGUUCAGACGUGUGAAGACUUUCCGUUGAUGUUAUUCAGAGAUUUGUUUGGCAAUAGCACAAAGAUGAGCAGGUGUUUUUGAUGAAUUACUCUCUAAAUUUAGUGACUUGUGCCCUCGAAUUCUCUCCCUAAAUUAAAGGAACUCCUCUGAUCUAGAGUCGCUUCAACCUAAACUGCCAUUUUUCGGCAGAAAUAUUCUCUACAACAGACCCGACGGAGUUCCCCUUUAACAGCAAUAGCACUGCCACUUUGCACCGAGAUACUUCAGAUAGAAGCGCUUCAAACGGUUUGCAGACGAGCCGGUCAGCGAUGCAAGUUUAACGUGAUGCAGGUUUAUUUAGCGGCACUUUCCAAUGACAAGAUGAUUUAUUGCACUUUAAAAACAGGCAUUAGAAGCAGCUGCAGGAUUUACAGAGAACAAAGCAGGAAGGGAUCGUUACUUUACUCAAAUAUCUGCAUCAGAAAUGAUCAGAAAACUGUGAAAAACGUUGAUCAGUUUCCUCGGAUGUCUCGUUUCAUCCAAAGAGAGAAAGAAAAUGGAAAAUAUUUUAGUGUUUUUACUGAAAUGUUCUUUCACCCUCCUGUUGUCUUCAUUUACAGGCACCAAAAGAUAUUGUUUCCUUGUGUGGGAAGUAUACAAAAAACCAGCAGAAAAAAAUCCCCUAAAUUUCAGAAAAUUUGCAAAAAUCUUCAGGAAGAAAAUUCUAAUAAUUCCUUAAGUUUCCCUUAAAAGUUUUAUUUAAAAAAAAAAAAAAACUAAUUUGGCAAGAAAAUUCUUGUAAAUAUUUAAAAAAAAAUGAGUAAAAAUCUUCCAAAAAAAUCCUAUAAAUAUCUAAAGUGAUUACAUAUAUAUAUAUAUAUAUAUAUAUAUAUAUAUAUAUAUAUAUAUAUCAGUAAAACUUCUCAGAUUUUCUUAAGAAAAUUCACAAAAACAUCAACCAAAAUCCAAGGAAAUUCGCUGGAUUUUAGUUGAUUUUUUUUGCGAAUGUUCUUCAGAAACAUUUUAAUUUUUUCUACCAAAAUAUCUUCAAAGUUUUCCUAAAAAUGUGGACAUCAGCAGUUUCACAGUUAAAAUCAGUUUUUUUCCCACAUUUUCAAACUUUAAAAAUUUGAGCCGCAGAACGACACGAGGGUCAAACUGAAUAACUGACGGCAAUUAAUUGUUGGUUCCAGUUUUUAAAAGCAGAAUAAGUGGAGCUACUUUUACUAUUUGUGGGGACAAUUUACUAAUUAGCCGAUAAUUUAUCAAACCUGCCAGACUUUGUGUGUCAGACUCAGAUUUCAGGAUCGAGGAACAAACGAAGCCCGGUUGAGUUGGAGUUUCACCUCCUGCUGGAUUCCAGGUGGAGGUCAGGUGUGUUCUUCUGGGACGUUCUUCAGGCACCUUAAAGGAUUCCUCCACGCAACGCUCCUUUAUACCAACGCAUGUGGAGACUCUUCUCUUAUAUCGGCAUGCACAAGACGUUACCUCAUUUGGAUUUUUUUUUGCAUUUUUUCUUCUUCGUCGUCCUUCAUCUCCUCAUCGGUUUUCACCAAAGUGCACUGGCUGUUUGUUCCGUUAAGUGUUGAAUGUUUAAGGGAACAGGAACUCCACCUUUACGAAGAUCAUGGCAUGUCCAAAUACUAAAGCAUUAAGGCCUAAUAAUUAGCUCCGUGGCUUAGCUACGUAUACUCAAUGCAUGACAGUGUCAGUAUUAAUGCCUGCAGUCGUGGAGGGACUCUGGAGGACGAAGGUGAGGAUGACGAUGAUCCUCAUUACUGUCGACGGGAUGCAUGACGGAGCCGGAGGGGACAAAUCUGCUAGAAUAAAACACACAAAAAAAACGGAAUCAAGGAAAAAAAAACCCUGAAGAGACGAUUUGAGGAUCUCCUUUAAAAAAGACUUUCUCUGUUAAAGCUGUGAUCUGUGAUGAUGGAGUGCAUGGGUCAUCUCUGUGUUUUCAUUUCAACCUUUAAUCUGUUCGAGAAGGAAGGCAGGAGUGUUUAUCAGACUUCACAGGUGUAUCUAAAGCUAGCUUCCAGUGCCUUGAACCCCGUCUGACGAUAGAAUCGACUAAAGUGCCUCAGAUGCGACAGAGAGCUGAACUUCUGGAACUGAACAGAAUUUAUUCAGUAGUUUUUUUAAACCGGUUCUGGGUGGAGACACACAGCGGCAGAACAGACAGAAAACGCCAAAUAUAGGUCGUCUGUUGUCUGAUAUCUGCAGGUUCUUCAGUUUUCUGGUGUUCCUCCUCAAUGUUCUCGCCAAAUAUUGUUUGGAAAUUAGAGAAAUGUAGUUUCACGCUGCAGAAACUGAAUCUUUCAUGAGAAUGGAGCUGAAAUGAAGCAGCAGAAGUAGAUCUGAACUGAGCUGCUUCUGGUUCUAAUGAGGGUUCAGCUGUUGGUCCAUCUUAGAUUAACUACAUGUUCAGUAUAUUAGCUCUGGAUUAGCCAAAGAAGCUAACUGAUAGAAAUGCCCAAAGCACUGCUGUGUGUUAGCAGCUGUGGCUAACGAUACAGAAAACAUCCUGUUGGAUUAGCUGUGGAAGCUAACUAGCUAACCAGGCUACCCGAGUCUACACAGAACAAAAUAUGCAAAUUAUUCAGCAGAUUAGCAGCUUUAGCUUCCUAGUUAAAAAGCAUGUAGUCCAAACUAAACCAGACUCAGAAAGAAGCUCCUUGGAUUAACUUUGGAGUCGGUAGUAGCCAGUUAGCGGUGUGGCUAACGCCACCACGAUCUUCUAAUUGGUAGGCUAAUGGAGUUAGCUUCAGACAGGACGCAGCUACACGAAAAAAAUACCAGUUUUCCUUUAAUCCUCCUGCUGUCUUCAUUUACCGGCACCAAAGAAUAUUGUUUCCUUGUCUGAAAAAAAUCCAAAAAUUCAGCAAAAAAACUCGCCAAAUGUCAAAAAAUUUGCAAAAAUCUUCCAAAAAAAAUCCUAAAGAAAUCUAAAGUGAUUACAUAUAUAUCACAACAACUUUUAAUAUUAUCUUUAAGAACAUUUUUUAUAAGUUUUUUUCCACCAAAUAUGUUGAAAAUGGGGCUAUCAAAAGUUUCACUGUAAAAAUAUAUUUUUUUCCACAUUUUCAAACUUUAAAUUUGCAAAACUUUCAGGAAGAAAAUUCCUAAAAGUCAUUUGAAAUUUCCCUUAGAAAUUUUAUUUAAAAAUCCCCCAAACUUGGUAAGAACAUUCUUGUAAAUUACUUUUAAAAAAUGAGUGAAAAUCUUCCAAAAAAUCCAGAAAAAUAUCUGAAGUGUUUACAUAUAUAUCAGAAAAACUUAUAAUUUCUUUUUUUUUUUUUAAAGAUUUUUACUCAUUUUUUGAAAAUAUUUACACAAUUUUCUUGUCAAAUUUAGGGAUUUUUUUUUUAGAACUUGUAAGGGAAACUUUUAAGGAAUUAUUGGAAUUUUCUUCUUGAAGGUUUUGCAAAUUUUCAGAAAUUUGGGGAAUUUUUUUUUGCUGAUUUGUUGAAUUUGUUUUAGACAAAACCAGUAUUUUUUGGUGCCUGUAAAUGAGGACAGCAGGAGGGCUAAAAGCAGUAAAAAUGGAGAAAAUGAGCCUUUAAUUGAGUGUCACAGGAGGAGAUGCAGCUCUGUGCUGAGGCUGGCUGGAUGUUUGUGCAGAGAUGAUGGAUCUGACCUCAGCGUUUCUCUGCAGAACAUCACCACAGGCAUUAGUCACUCUGCAGCCAGAAAAUGGCUGCUGUGUGCUCCUCACUGCAGCUCCAGAGUUCAGGAACAAACGCUCCGUCCUCCCAUCAGCCACUUAGUUUACUGGUUUAUUUAGUGUUUAACCAGUUAGUUUACUGGUUUAUUUAGUGUUUAACCAGUUAGUUUACUGGUUUAUUUCGUAUUCCUGGACACUGACAGACAUUUAUCUUGUGUGAAGCUUUAAAUGAAGGAUUUUCUGCAGUUUUUCGAGCUAAAUGUCUGGAGCUGAUGGAAUACUUUAGUUUUCCAUCAUAAACCUAAAUGAGGUUUACGUUCUUGGUGAUCUGUUAAAAACAUUCAGAGUCAGAUGUUGAUGGUUCAGAUUCUCUUGGUUUAAUCCGGAAUCAGAAUCCAGCUCUGAGUUUCCUCCAGUUCUGGUGGUAAAAUGGAAUUCUAGAAACCUUUUUGGAUCGGUAAGGCUCUAAUUAUCCCGCUAAGUUCAGCCAAAGCGUCGGUUUUAUUUGUGAAACGUUCUCCAUCAUAUGAUAGACAGGAAAACAAACUUUUCUGUUUCCACGAGUCGCUGGUAAAAGUUCAAUUUCUCCUUCAUGAUUCCACAUUUCAGCGUCGGUUUUAGCUUCAUCUUCUUGAUCUACUGAGCCGUGUGUCACCAACCACAACCUGUUUCCUGAGCUGCUGCUGAAAUCAAAAAUCCCUUUAAUGAACGUUUCAGAGCUAAAUAAAUCAGAGGCCGUGAAGGAGCAAAAUUUACAAUUCCACAUUUUUUAGAGGUAAAACCACAAAGAAGAAGAGGUAAUAGUGGAGAUGGUGGGGAACAUCUUCAGCUCGUUGUGCUUUCAGGUUCUGUUUGUUGGUUUUUAAGGGACCAAACCAGCUUCUACUUCAUCAGAUCUUCAGCUCAAACGAUCAGAGAACCACAGGACAGAAGAAACCCAGUUAGGUUCUAAAACUGCCGUCAAUCAGAGUCCGUUUACAAGCUUCCUACUGCCCGUCCAAACCGACCAAUCAGCGAGGUUAUCGGUGAUCGAUCGGCUUUGAGCUGCAGAUCAAACGUUUAAAUCGGUUUUUAUUUCAGCUUCUCUCAGAAAAACUCCUCAAAACAUUGUUAUUGUUCUACAGAGUUCCUCAGCCUGGUUCUGAUCCACUGAAAGAUCAAACAGCCUCUUAGAGAACCUGAGGAGCAUUAAUGGAAGAACCUGAGGAGCUUAAACCUCUAUCCAUCUGCAGCAGCUUCAUCCAACAAUCAGAAGCCAACAGGACUUUAAUCAGAUCUUUAACGACUGUUCCAGGUCCUUCCAUCAGGCUGCUGGUUCUAACAAACAGUUUAAUAACAGAACGAUUGAUUAUUAGAUUAUUUAAAACAUUAGAACUCUGGUUCUGAUCUUUAAAAUCAACAAAUUCAGCUUACAGAGAAAUGGAAGGAACCGGCUGAGGAACCACCACAGAGAUGAAGAUGAUGAUGAUGAUGAAGGUUAGGAUGAUGAUGAUGAUGAUGAUGAUGAAGGUGAUGAUGAUGAUGAUGAUGAUAAUGAAGGUUAUGAUGAUGAUGAUGAUGAAGGUUAUGAUGAUGAUGAUGAUGGUUAUGAUGAUGAUGAUGAUGAUGAAGGUAAUGAAGGUUAUGAUGAUGAUGAUGGUGAUGAUGAUGAAGGUUAUGAUGAUGAUGAUGAAGGUUAUGAUGAUGAUGAUGAUGAAGGUUAUGAUGAUGAAGAUAAUGAAGGUUAUGAUGAUGAUGAUGGUGAUGAUGAUGAAGGUUAUGAUGAUGAAGAUAAUGAAGGUUAUGAUGAUGAUGAUGAAGGUUAUGAUGAUGAUGAUGAUGAUGAAGGUAAUGAAGGUUAUGAUGAUGAUGAUGGUGAUGAUGAUGAAGGUUAGGAUGAUGAUGAUGAAGAUGAUGAUGAUGGUUAUGAUGAUGAAGAUAAUGAUGGUUAUGAUGAUGAUGAUGGUUAUGAUGAUGAAGAUGAUGAAGAGUUUAGAGAUAUUUCUGGAUCUCCUGAACCAGAUGAACUUCAUGAUUCCAACCUGAACUUAAAGCUGCUGAUAAAUAUUUUGGAUUCGUACGAACACAGACAAUGUUCUAAAAAGGUUUUUUUCCAGUCAGACGGACCUCGUUUAGCUUUAUUUCUGUUUUAAAAGUGUUUUUUUUUCCAGUCAGACGGACCUCGUUUAGCUUUAUUUCUGUUUUAAAAGUGUUUUUUUUUCCAGUCAGACGGACCUCAUUUAGCUUUCUUUGUGUGUUUUCUCAGUCAGAAGCCAAAGUGUGAGGAAUGAGAUCAGACCCGUUUCCCUCCUGGAUUCAUUCCCAUCCCAGCGUUUCGUUGGUUUUCUGGUUUUUCUGCUGCAGGAUCCAGUGUUUGUCGUGUUGCUGAGGGUCGAGGGUUAAAUCAUGUCCAUCUCAUCAUAUUACAGCAGUUUAAUAAAUUUUGAAAGAUGAAACUUU